AAAGUCACUGUAAAUAUGUUUGAUUUCACAGUUGCAGGGUGGUUGCAGGGCUAGUGGUAGUAUCAGGGUAUUACAUUGAGACAUAAAAUAUGUGUAUGGGUUCGGUAUUUCCUCGUGAAUAUGAAAGUUAGAAGAUACAUCUGAAUAAAGCAUAUUCCGCGAAGUACGUUUGGUACUUAGCGGCAAAAUCAAAUGUGAAAGAAGAUGUUCAGAUAUGCCCAUUUUGCAGUGACUGUGUGUGGAAGCAAGAUUUAUAUUUCAAAUUCCGUACUUGCUCAUGUUUAAUACUGAACAUAAAAUUGAUACUCAUCCCUAAUUCAUGGAUUAAUCUAACAGAAAAAUAUCACCAAAAUAUUAAGGUAGCAAAAUCAGCGGUACUAUCUCAAGAUCCUUGACCUCUAAGCCAACGGUAUAUCUCGCCACACACCAAAUUACAACAGAAUUGCUGGGAUUCAUUGUAGUUAUAAAGCCUACUUUCAUUUUAUACGACGUUGUGCACUAGUCGUUCGGUCCCUAGUAAAAACAUGAGUUGUGCCGCAAACGCCAGCGCCAAGAAGGAAAUUGCAAGCAUCGGCGACCGGACGUUCCUGGGACUGGACUUGAGCACUCAAACGCUAAAAGCAUGCGUCCUCAACGACAAGCUGGAAGUACUGAAAGAGGUCUAUGUCAAUUUCGACUCAGAACUGCCCGAGUUUCGGACCAUAGGUGGGGCAAUCAUUGAUAAGGCAGAUAACAGAAAUGUUACAGUACCCACCAUAAUGUGGGUGAAAGCCUUGGACAUGCUAAUGGACAAACUGAUGCUAGAAGGAAUUGAUUUUGGAAAAAUCGCUGCCGUAUCUGGAAGUGGGCAGCAACACGGUACAGUUUACUGGCAGAGAAGCGCCGAAGAAACACUGAAGAAUCUUUCAUCAAGCGAUUUCCUCCACCAACAAUUAAGUAGUAGUUUUUCUGUUACCAGCAGUCCAAUUUGGAUGGAUUCUAGUACAAGUAAACAGUGCAAGCAGUUAGAAGAAGCAGUUGGUGGUCCUGAAAAAUUGGCCGAGAUAACGGGAUCACGUGCCUACGAAAGAUUUUCUGGAUCACAGAUAGCGAAAGUUUUUCAAACGAAACCUGAUGCGUACAAAAACACUGAGAAAAUAUCCCUAGUAAGCAGCUUUCUUUGCUCAAUAUUAUUGGGGAAAAUAGCACCGAUAGAUAUAUCUGAUGGUUCCGGUAUGAAUUUACUGAAUAUUCGGACUAAAAAAUGGGAUCAAACAUUAUUGGAUGCUUGUGGACCGAAUCUGGCUGAAAAAUUGGGGCAAUCGGUACCGUCAUAUUCUGAUGUUGGUUCUAUUUCACGAUAUUUCAAAGAAAGGUAUAAUUUCAAUCCUAACUGUCGAGUGAUUGCUCAUACGGGAGAUAACCCAGCAUCUUUAAUGGGUAUGAGACUGAAUGAAGGUUGGAUCGCAGUAAGUUUGGGUACAAGUGACACAGUAUUUCUCUGGCUGAAAGAACCGAAAUCGGUACUGGAUGGACAUGUGCUUUGCAAUCCGAUAGAUGAGAAUGUUUAUAUGGCAUUACUAUGCUUCAAAAAUGGAUCUCUGACUAGGGAAAGAAUAAAAAAUAAAUGCGCCAAUGGUUCAUGGGACAUAUUCGAUCAACUUUUGAACAGCACACCAAGAGGAAAUUUUGGUAAUAUGGGACUAUAUUACGAUAUACAGGAGAUCUUACCAUUUUUACAAGGAGAUUACAGGUUUACCAAGAAUGGUUCUACCUGCAAAUUUACUAGCCUGGAAGUGGAGGUAAGGGCGCUCGUUGAGGGUCAAUUUCUAGCGAAACGGGCCUAUGCUGAAGAUUUUGGGAUUCAAGUUGGACAGGGGACAAAAAUACUAGCCACAGGCGGUGCAUCACAAAAUAAAGGCAUACUACAAGUAUUAGCUGAUGUGUUCAACUCACCUGUAUAUGUAUUUAAAGAAGCAAACUCUGCAAUGAUAGGUGCCGGCUAUCAAGCAAAACACGGAUUAUUGAAGCCUUCCAUGUCCUACGGAGAUAUGAUUUACAACUUGCCGCAGCCGGAAUUGGCAUGUGAACCCUACCCUGACGCGGCAGAGAUAUACACUCCGAUGGUGGAACGAUAUCGAAGUAUAGUUAAAGACUUGAUUAGAAAAUGAUAAUUUUCCUUAAUAGAACCUGCCGAUCUUUCCAGCCGAACUCACCAAGAUGUAGGCCUUCAAUGCGUGGACUUAAUAUUUAUAACGAACCUGAUGAAUCACAGGACAUCUACAUUUGGGACCCUGCAAACUUAAAAUAUGUCAAGAAACUUUCUGGACACAAAAACACAGUAACAGGUCUCUGCUUCAAAAAGGACUCACAUACACUGUAUUCAUGUUCAAAAGACAGAACAGCUAAAGUAUGGAGUUUAGAUGAAAUGGCAUAUGUAGAGACUCUAUUUGGGCAUCAAGACACCAUUUCAUCAAUAGACAGCUUAUACAGAGAUCGUCUUGUAAGUUGCGGAGGAAGAGACCUUAGGGUUUGGAAGAUUCCAGAAGAAACCCAGUUGAUUUUCAAUGGACAUACUGGUAGCAUAGACACUGUUAGGUUGAUAAAUGAAGACAUAUUUAUCUCAGGAGGUGAUGAUGGACAACUCUGCAUUUGGAGUGUAAUGAAAAAGAAGCCUGUCUGUGUGAUUCACAACUCACAUGAACUUGAUAAAAGCAAUCAGCAACCAUAUUGGAUCUCAGCUGUGGCAGCUCUUGUCAACACAGACCUUGUUGCAUCUGGUUCUCAGAAUGGCUCUAUAAGGCUCUGGAAGUUGGAAAACAACUUUAAAACCUCAAGUUUAGUGAUGGAGAUUCCUGUAGAAGGGUUUGUGAAUGCUAUGUCUUUUAACUCUGAGGGAGACAAGUUGUUAGCUGCCAUUGGGAAAGAACAUAGAUUUGGAAGGUGGAGUACUGUUAAAGCUGCAAAGAAUUGUAUUAUGGUUUUUCCAUUUAUUAAAAAAUAGUAUUUCUGAUAAGUCUUUCAUUCUUCAUGUAGUUAAGUAUGAAAAUUUUUAAUUUUCGGGAACUGCUUUUUUAUAAAACUUUAUUACACAAUUUGUA